CCCAUUCAUUCGCGGUGCAACAUGGCAAACAAUAAUAAAUCCCAACAUUCGCUUCUCUAGGCUCUCUUUUUUUCUACGUUCACACAUUAGCCAUCCAACUGCGGCACACGGUCGUCGUCAGUGUUCUCUUCGCGUGACCCAAAGCUAGAACGACCGCGACAUCAGUGGUUUUAUUUCUCCGAUGCGUCGACGCGCUGCUGUGUAGUGUUAGAAUUGUGCAAUCUUUGCUCAUUUUUUCGAUUGACGACGUAUCGCGAAUUUGCAAUUUUACACACGGCCACAACUGGAUCAACAUUGGUUUCUGCCGUCCAGGACAGGAGGGCACCGCGAUGACCAUGAUUCCCAUCGCCCCCAUUCAGUUGCGUGUGUUCGAUUCACCAGGGAUGACCGAUUCCAAGUACUUUACCACCACCAAGAAGGGUGAGAUCUUCGAGCUCAAGUCCGAGCUCAACAAUGACAAGAAGGAGAAGAAAAAGGAAGCGGUCAAGAAGGUCAUCGCCAGCAUGACGGUUGGCAAGGACGUCUCCGCACUGUUCCCGGACGUCGUCAACUGCAUGCAGACGGACAACCUGGAGCUCAAGAAGCUGGUUUAUCUGUAUCUGAUGAACUACGCCAAAUCGCAGCCCGACAUGGCCAUCAUGGCGGUCAACACUUUCGUUAAGGAUUUGCCACAUUCUCAACUCGUUAAGGACUGCGAGGACACGAACCCGUUGAUUCGUGCGUUGGCCGUCCGCACGAUGGGUUGCAUCCGGGUGGACAAGAUCACCGAGUAUCUGUGCGAACCGCUGCGCAAGUGUCUCAAGGACGAGGAUCCGUACGUCCGGAAGACGGCGGCCGUAUGUGUUGCCAAGUUGUACGACAUCUCCAGUUCGAUGGUCGAGGACCAAGGAUUCUUGGACCAGCUGAAGGAUCUCUUGUCGGAUUCCAACCCCAUGGUUGUGGCGAAUGCCGUUGCCGCCCUCAGUGAAAUCAAUGAAGCAUCCGCCAGUGGCCAACCGCUGGUCGAAAUGAACUCGGCCACCAUCAACAAGCUGCUGACGGCGUUGAACGAGUGCACCGAGUGGGGACAGGUGUUCAUUCUGGACUCCCUGGCAAACUACACGCCCAAAGACGAACGCGAGGCGCAAUCCAUCUGCGAACGUAUCACGCCUCGUUUGGCUCACGCCAACGCAGCUGUGGUGCUAAGUGCCAUCAAAGUCCUGAUGAAGUUGCUGGAGAUCCUCGCUUCGGACAGUGAUUUCUGCGCGAUGUUGACCAAGAAAUUGGCUCCUCCGCUAGUUACCUUGCUCAGCUCCGAACCGGAAGUGCAGUAUGUCGCUCUGAGAAAUAUCAAUCUGAUCGUUCAAAAACGUCCGGAUAUUCUGAAGCACGAGAUGAAGGUGUUCUUCGUCAAGUAUAACGAUCCCAUCUACGUGAAGCUGGAGAAACUGGACAUCAUGAUUCGUUUGGCGAAUCAGAGCAACAUUGCGCAGGUCCUGAGUGAAUUGAAGGAAUACGCAACCGAAGUGGACGUCGAUUUCGUUCGGAAAGCCGUCAGAGCUAUUGGACGAUGCGCCAUCAAGGUGGAACCUUCGGCCGAGCGCUGCGUUUCUACCCUGCUAGAUUUGAUCCAGACUAAGGUAAACUACGUGGUACAAGAGGCUAUCGUCGUCAUCAAAGACAUCUUCCGUAAGUAUCCCAACAAAUACGAGAGCAUUAUUAGUACUUUGUGCGAAAAUUUGGAUACCCUGGACGAACCGGAAGCCAGGGCUUCCAUGGUAUGGAUCAUCGGCGAAUAUGCCGAACGUAUUGACAACGCUGAUGAACUCCUGGAUAGCUUCUUGGAAGGAUUCCAAGAUGAGAACGCUCAGGUGCAGUUGCAGUUGCUCACUGCUGUAGUGAAGCUAUUCCUGAAACGUCCAGCUGAUACCCAGGAGCUUGUUCAGCACGUUCUGUCUUUAGCCACCCAAGACUCCGACAAUCCGGAUCUCCGCGAUCGAGGAUUCAUCUAUUGGCGUUUGCUAUCCACCGAUCCCGCUGCCGCCAAGGAAGUCGUUCUAGCUGACAAACCAUUGAUAUCCGAGGAAACUGAUCUUCUCGAACCGACUCUUCUGGAUGAGCUGAUCUGUCACAUCAGCUCUUUGGCCAGCGUUUACCACAAACCUCCAACAGCGUUCGUGGAAGGCCGUGGAGCAGGUGUUCGUAAGAGUCUACCGAACCGUUCUGCCUCGGCUGCUGGAGAGGAAGCUGUCCCAGAAGCAACAGUCAUUCCCAACCAAGAAUCUCUGAUCGGUGAUCUACUCUCGAUGGAUAUUGGAGCUCCAGCUGCGCCGGCCGCGCCAGUUGCCAACACAAGCAAUGUGGACCUCUUGGGUGGUGGUCUGGACAUCCUGUUAGGUCCCAACCUUAACGAAACUACCAAUAACGCUGCUGCACCUGCUGCAAGUACUGCAGCCGCUGCUGGAGGCGCCGGCGGCCUCUUAGGUGACAUCUUCGGAAUCGGCCCUGCUGCUACCACCAACAUGAUCCAAAUUCCGAAAAUCACCUGGCUCCCGGCCGAUAAGGGUAAAGGACUCGAAGUGCAGGGUACUUUCUCCCGCCGUAACGGUCAGAUCUUCAUGGAUAUGACCUUCACCAACAAAGCAAUGCAAGCCAUGACCGGAUUCGCCAUCCAGCUGAACAAGAACAGUUUCGGGUUGGUUCCGGCCGCACCUCUGCAGGUGGCACCGCUCCAACCGUCCCAAUCCACCGAAGCAUCACUCCAGUUAGGAACAACCGGUCCUGUGCAACGGAUGGAACCGCUCAACAACCUUCAGGUUGCCAUCAAGAACAACGUGGACAUUUUCUACUUCGCAUGCCUGGUGCACGGCAACGUUCUGUUCGUGGAAGACGGUCAGCUGGACAAACGGGUAUUCCUCACGACCUGGAAGGAGAUCCCUGCGGCCAACGAGAUUCAGUUCAACCUGCACGGCAUUACAGGCACAGCCGAUACCGUUGCGGCGAAAAUGACCGCCAACAACAUCUUCACUAUUGCCAAGCGCAACGUCGAAGGACAGGACAUGUUGUACCAGUCGCUCAAGCUGACCAACAACAUCUGGGUGCUGCUGGAGUUGAAACUUUCCCCCGGAAGUCCGGACGCCACGCUCAGUUUGAAGACGCGCUCGGUCGAAGUGGGAUCGAUUAUAUUCGCUGCCUAUGAGCAGAUCAUCCGAUCACCUUAAAUUGUUGAUAAAGGAGGCAUUUACGUGGGAUGAACAAUUUCUUUACUUGAUCUAAUAGAGUUAUACAUAUUCCUAACUGUACUAAACUAGUGAAUACGCGGGAGGUAAGCUCCCGGUAAGGUGGACGCGUCCAUCCGAAGGUAUUUAGCGCAAUAUUUCGUUAUGAUGGCACAGCAAAUGUGGCGCAACUCAUCAUCUAGAUAUGAUUGUCAUAGGACGACGCAAAUUAUUAUGGAGGAAAAUAUCGAGCACAUUCGUAUGUUAGCGAAUCUACAGAAUGUUUAUUUAGUUGACCGAUUAUGAAAUACACAUUAUAUAGGAGCCGUAUUACUGCUAACUUCAAUAUUAUACAUAUGGAAAAGUGACUAUAAACAUUCGUAAAUGUAUUCAUAAAUUGUAACUAAACGAA